AUGGGCAAGAACAAGAACAAGAAGAACAAGGGCAAUGCUGGCCCCAACAGCAGCAGCAGCAGCAACAACAGCAACAACAACCAGGCACUUGGUGGCUCUGGUGCCCGCGCUGGUCUUGGUCAACACGGCGGCCUUGACCAGCACCUUGGAGGACUCGGUUCAGUCUUUCAAGGUGGGUCUCUGAGCAUCGGUGGGAGUGUCCACACCAUCAUCUUCCCCAACGCCGGUGUGCCCAACCGUGUUCAGAAGCCCGCGGGAGGCAGAUCUAAGGCUAAGGCCCGUCGUGAUCGGAAGAAGAGAACCGAAGAACGCUAUGCCGAAGCUGCCCGCUUGGCGCUCACAGCGCCAAGUGCUCCAUCCACCAGUGCCUCGGUGCCGUCAAACACCGUCCCCGCGCUCGCCUCCGCGCCCGUGCCUGUGCCCGUGCCUGUGCCCGCGCCGGUUUCUGCGCCUGUUUCCGGCUCCUGCUCCUCCUCCGUGCCCGGUUUCCGUGUGCCGCCCCCCGUGAGUUACUACCUAUCCUUGAUAUCAUGA